AUGUCUCUGUAUUUUUCAGUUAGCGUUGGAGCUGGGCUUGCGAGUGCUGGGGGCCUCAUAGUUUCAGUUCUUGCUGGAUGGUUCAUUUCCAGCAAAGUUAAACAGAGAAAUGCACAAAUUUCGAAGCGAAAGUUCUUUGACCAAAAUCGAGGACAGCUGUUGCAACAAUUGGUAUCACAGAGGGCUGAUAUUGCUGAAAGGAUGAUCAUACCCUUAGAAGAGAUAGAGAAGGCAACCAACAAUUUUGAUAAAGCUCGUGAGCUUGGUGGUGGAGGGCAUGGUACAGUAUACAAAGGGAUUUUGUCAGACCUCCAUGUGGUAGCCAUCAAGAAGCCAAAGAAGAUUAUUCAAAGGGAGAUUGAUGAGUUUAUUAACGAGGUUGCUAUACUAUCACAGAUCAAUCACCGAAAUGUGGUAAAACUUUACGGUUGUUGCCUUGAAACAGAAGUUCCAAUGUUGGUCUACGAGUUCAUAUCCAAUGGAACCCUUUAUGAUCAUCUUCACAUCAAUGGACCAAGAUCAUUGUCAUGGGAAGACAGGCUUCGGAUUGCAGUUGAAACAGCCAAAUCACUGGCCUAUCUUCACUCUACAGCUUCAAUGCCCAUCAUUCAUAGAGAUGUGAAGUCGGUUAACAUACUGUUGGAUGACACUCUAACAGCAAAGGUAGCAGACUUUGGAGCUUCAAGAUAUAUUUCGGUGGAAAAGUCGGGGUUAACAACAAUGGUUCAAGGUACAAUAGGAUAUUUGGACCCAAUGUAUUUCUACACAGGGCGGCUCACAGACAAAAGUGAUGUCUAUAGCUAUGGUGUCAUGCUCAUAGAACUGCUUACUCGACAAAAGCCAUUUUCAUAUUUGUCUUCUGAAGGUGAAGGCCUUGUUACACAUUUUGUUGCAUUGUUUGAGGAGGGUAAUCUGUCACAGAUAUUAGAUCCACAAAUUACAGAUGAGGGAGGCAAAGAAGUUGAAGAAGCCGUUGCACUUGCAGUGGCAUGUAUAAAAUUAAGAGGAGAGGAGCGUCCAACCAUGAGGCAAGUGGAGUUGACACUUGAAGGUCUUCGACCAUCCAAGGAGUAUAUUUCAGAUGAAUUUGGCACCAACAGACUUGAGAACAAAGGUGUCACGAUUAAUGCUCCAUCAACCGUAGAUGGAAGAAGCACUGAUGGAUCGACUAGACAAUACAGUAUGGAAGAAGAGCUGGCCAUGUCUUCGAGGUAUCCUAGGUAGUACUGUUGACACAUGAGUUCAACUUAUAGUCUUUUUCAGUAGGGGACUUAUUGCCAUUCGAUUACUGACUCUAAAACCCUUGAUUUUCUCAUCUUGAACUUUGUUUCUUGUGUUGGUGUGCUUAGAAUCUCAUGUAAAUUCAAUGCAUGUGGAUUUUUUCACAAUAAAUGAAGAUUUUAUUGAUUCGAAUAUUGUAUUAAGAUGAUACAAGCACGA